CGGACGACUCGGCAACCGCGAGCCGCUCACUCGCUCACUCCCCUAGUCACUCCCCCAGGCCCGUUCCCGCAUCUUCCCCGCCUCCUCCACCGGGCGGAUCCGCUCCGCGCCGCCUCUCCCACCACCGUUCUUAUAAACGGGCUGGCGCUGGCUGAGGCAGCCUCAGCCCGUAUGCGCAGCCUGCUGCUGCUGCUCUCGCUCGCCGGCUCCAUCGGGCUGGCGGCUCGCGGCGCAGGCCGUGCUCCUGGCGGCGGCUCCCGCAGGGUGAGCAGCACAGCUUCCUCUCGCAGAUACACAGUCGGUCGUGGCAACGGAGGGAACUCUCAGGGCUCCGUUCGUAGCAAUGCAGCCAACUCUCAGGGCUCCGUUCGUGGCGGUGCAUCCUCCGGAGGCGGCAACAGCGGCAGCGCAGCCUCCACAGGCGGUCGUGGCAGCCACGGCCGCGUCGCUGGCAAGGGCGCCUCGUCGCUCUCGGCCGCCGACAACAAGGCGCGCAAGGCCAGCGAGCGGCGGCUGCAGCUCGAGAAGAUGGAGACGAAGCUCGCGGCGGAGGCCUCCUUCUUCUGGCAGUGCGUCGCAACAGCGACGAGCGGCGGCGAUGUCAGCGGCGCCUCUGGCCUCGCGCCGGCCGCGCGCGACGCGGAGGCGCUCUUUCCACCCGAAGCGGUGGCCAGCCCCGACGCGAUCGACUUUUCGCGGUACGAUGCGAUCCCGGUCAGCCGGCACGGCGCCGGCGAGGCCGUGCCGCCGCUCGCGGACUUUGCAGACCUGCGGACCGAGCUGCCCUCGUUUGCGGCGGCCAACCUGCUGUCCGACGACCGGCUCGGGUACCGCGCGCCGACGCCGAUCCAAAAGCACACGGUGCCGCUCGCGCUGGCCGGCCACGACGUGCUCGCGUGCGCGCAGACAGGGUCCGGCAAGACCGCCGCCUUCCUGCUGCCGCUCAUCGCACGCGUCGCUGACGCGGCGCCGGCGCAAGAGCCGUCAACACUCGGACCAGUUUGGACGGAGCCGCUCGUCGAGGCAGCGCUCGCGCUGCAGGCGGAGGGAGGCCAGGCUGGGGGAGGCGCGGAGGCGCGGAGCAACGCACAGGGCGCAAACGCGCGCCCGCAGCUCGAGGUUCUCGCGGCGGGCGCCGAGAUUCUGGUGGCGACCCCGGGGCGGCUCGCCGACUUUGUGGGCCGCGAACUCGUGUCGCUGGCGGCGGUCCAGGUUUUGGUCCUCGAUGAGGUCUCGUGGACCGGAGAGUUGAGCGGGGCCCGCCUGCUCGCCGUCUCUGAGGCGCAGCCUUCCUGUGACAGGCGCCUCGUCGAGCAGAGCGGGCUUCCGCCAAAGGAGCGGCGGGCGACGCUGCUCUUCUCCGCCACUUUCUCGGCGCCGAUGCGGCGCGCGUACUUGCGCGCGCCGCACGCGCGGGUCGAGGUUGGGCGCGUCGGCUCGUCCACGUCCGCCAUCGAGCAGAGCCUCGUCCUCGCGUGCGACGGCGAUACAGACAGACAGACAGCCGCCCGCCCGCACACUCCACCAAACGUGGUGCUGCUCGACCCAGGCUCACGCCGCUCGAAGCUCGAGCUGCUGCUGCCGCUCGUGCGAAAGGACGAGCGCUCCAUCGUCUUUUGCGGCAAGAAGCACGUCUGCGCGGCCGUCCGCAAGCGGCUCGGCGCGGCGGGCGUGAGUGCGGUCGAGAUCCACGGAGACCGCUCCCAGUCCCAGCGCGAAUCGGCUCUCGCAGACUUCCGCGCCGGCGAGGCGGAUGUACUUGUCGCCACAGACGUCGCUGCGCGCGGCCUCGACGUGCCAGACGUCGCGCACGUGAUCCAGUUUGACUUGCCGAAUGGACGCGACGAGUUCGACGCCUAUGUCCACCGCAUCGGCCGCACGGGCCGCGCCGGCAAGACGGGCAGGGCGACGUCUCUCUUCGUGCCCGGCGACGAGCCAAAGGUUGGCAACGGCGCGCUGUGGCUCGACCUCCACCGCACCUUUGGCGAGUGUGCUCAGCCUUUGCCUGCCUGGUUUGACGGUGUCCGACCGCCGAAUGCGCGGCUUCCCGGCGGCGCGGCGGCCCCUGGUCGCUCGUCGUACGCCCGCAAGCGCCGGGCGAGGGCCGCGAGCCCAAGGACCGACUAGACUCGUGUUCGGAGUAUCCCGUGUGUGGCGUGAAUUACCCGACGCCACGCGCACUUGGAGCACUGGGAGUGCGGUCAUUAGCCUCACCACGCCCCGAUUCGUCUCAUUUGC